AUGGAAUGCCUCGGUAUGAGCAGCGAGUCACUGAUGCUCGCUAUCCAACUCCUGCUCGAAGAUGUGGAGCUGUGCGAGAAAUCGAAAAAGGGCAAAGAACGUGAGGACGAGAUGCUCGACUGCGACGUCGCUUUGCAAUCGUGCCGCGAUGAACUGGAAGAGAUGGCUACGACGGCUACACAGGCUUCUGAUCAAGCCCUGUGCCUCAGUAUCGCGGAGGCUGUUGAGUUGGAUGCUGCUCUCAUUGCAGAGCUAAUGGCCCAGGAGGAACAAGCUGCCCGAGACCGUCAGUUUGCGUUGCGCCUGUCCAUCAACUCCAGUGCGACACCUUCACCAGCCAGUUCGCAGACCAACAGCGCCGAACCACCAAUCAAUGACCUUGACGAUUCUUUGAUUGAGAGAUUCAGGCUAAUGAACCGUUUUGUGCCGGACUACGCCGAAUCUUCAAGCUCAGCGUCGUCUCGUGAGCAGCCCGAAACUGGAGAGUGCAUCGCCUGCACCGACCGCUUUUCAUCUUCUGCUCUUUUUUCGCUCACCAUGCUCCCAUGA